AAUACAGUAGUCAAACACAUCAUCCUUGGAAAGUAGGUCAAAGGAAACCGGUCACCGGAGAUUCUCAUCAGCUUCAUCGCCAUUGUUUCUAGUAAAAAAUGGUUGGCGGUAGGGUUGCUCAUCCUGUGUUGAAAGGCCCUAGUGUGGUCAAGGAGUUGAUCAUUGGAUCAGUGCUUGGCUUAGCAGCUGGUGGUUUGUGGAAGAUGCAUCAUUGGAACGAGCAGAGAAAAACAAGGGCGUUCUAUGAUCUUUUGGAGAAGGGAGAGAUAAGCGUUGUUCUUCAAGAGUGAACUUUUGGUUCCUGUGAAUUUUAAAUUUAAUGACUUAAACCAGAGAUGUUACUCUGGAAACCUUAAAAAAAAUAAGUUUUGUAUUGGAUUUAUGCAAAAAGUUGCUUUUUUUAGAACUCCGCAAAUGUUGUUUCUUGAUUCUCAUCUUAAAAAAAUUCUAUUAUAUCCAA